CAAUUGAUAAGCGCCAUCCUGAGAGAUCACCAGUGUGCGCAGUGACAACCCUUCCAUUCCGUGAAAAACUUCUAAAGUGCUGUGAUGAGAGAGGGGACUCAUGGGCAGCUGAAGUUCAGAAUCGUUUACAUGGAUGUAUUGACUUAGUUGCGGCUGAGGCCGUCUAUCAUGUCAACUGUUACUCACGAUUCGUGCUAAUUAAAAAUUACAAUGCAGCAUCAACACACAAAAAAGGUGAAGGGAGACCGGAAGAUCAAGGAAUGAGGCAAUGGUUUGACAUGCUAUGCCACUGA